CCAACCUGGUCACACUAUUCCACGCACAACAAAAUAGUACACAAGUUCCAUAUUUUUUAAUUUUCCGCGAAAAUGAGCCUGGAAGUGAGCAAUAUCAACGGGGGAAACGGGACUCAACUGCCCCACAACAAGCGUGAGUUGCUGUGCCUGCUGAAACUCAUCAAAAAGUACCAGCUAAAGAGCACUGAGGAGCUGCUCUGCCAGGAGGCGAAUGUGAGCAGUUUGGAAUUGUCGGAAAUCAGCGAAAGUGAUGUUCAGCAGGUGUUGGGAGCAGCUGUGGGAGCUGGAGAUGCCAACCGGGAGCGGAAACAUGUCCCAUCUCCGGCGCAGAGUCAUAAGCAGUCCGCGGUUACGGAGGCCAAUGCUGCAGAGGAACUGGCCAAGUUCAUCGACGACGACAGCUUUGAUGCCCAGCACUACGAGCAGGCAUACAAGGAGCUGCGCACUUUCGUUGAGGACUCCCUGGACAUAUACAAGCAUGAGCUGUCCAUGGUUCUGUACCCAAUUCUGGUGCAGAUCUACUUCAAGAUCCUCGCCAGUGGACUAAGGGAGAAGGCCAAAGAAUUCAUCGAGAAGUACAAAUGCGAUCUCGACGGCUACUACAUAGAGGGUCUAUUCAACCUUCUUUUGCUGUCUAAGCCCGAGGAGCUGCUGGAGAAUGACCUCGUAGUUGCCAUGGAGCAGGAUAAGUUUGUCAUUCGCAUGUCCAGGGACUCGCACUCUCUGUUCAAGCGACACAUCCAGGAUCGCCGGCAGGAAGUGGUGGCAGAUAUUGUUUCCAAGUACUUGCAUUUCGACACCUACGAGGGCAUGGCGCGCAACAAGCUGCAGUGCGUCGCCACCGCGGGCUCGCACCUUGGAGAGGCCAAGCGACAGGACAACAAAAUGCGGGUGUACUACGGACUGCUAAAGGAGGUGGACUUUCAGACUUUGACUACUCCAGCGCCGGCACCAGAGGAAGAGGACGAUGAUCCGGAUGCCCCAGAUCGUCCGAAAAAGAAAAAGCCGAAAAAGGAUCCCCUGCUGUCGAAAAAGUCCAAGUCGGAUCCGAAUGCUCCAUCCAUCGACAGAAUUCCCCUGCCGGAGCUGAAAGAUUCGGACAAGUUGCUCAAGCUUAAGGCUCUCAGGGAAGCCAGCAAGCGUCUAGCCCUCAGCAAGGAUCAACUGCCCUCUGCCGUCUUUUACACGGUGCUAAAUUCCCAUCAGGGCGUAACCUGUGCCGAGAUUUCAGAUGAUUCUACGAUGCUGGCCUGUGGAUUUGGCGAUUCCAGUGUGAGGAUUUGGUCAUUGACGCCCGCCAAGCUGCGUACGCUGAAGGACGCAGAUUCCCUUCGCGAACUGGACAAGGAAUCGGCGGAUAUCAAUGUGCGUAUGCUGGAUGACCGAAGUGGUGAGGUAACCAGGAGCUUAAUGGGUCACACCGGACCCGUAUACCGCUGUGCCUUUGCCCCCGAGAUGAACCUGUUGCUCUCAUGUUCCGAGGACAGCACCAUAAGGCUGUGGUCUCUGCUCACCUGGUCCUGCGUGGUCACCUACCGCGGGCAUGUUUACCCGGUUUGGGAUGUUCGCUUUGCGCCGCAUGGCUACUAUUUUGUUUCUUGUUCGUACGACAAAACUGCCCGUCUGUGGGCCACGGAUUCCAAUCAAGCGUUGCGAGUCUUCGUGGGUCACCUGUCUGACGUGGAUUGUGUUCAAUUUCAUCCCAAUUCCAAUUAUGUGGCCACCGGUUCUAGCGAUCGCACGGUACGCCUGUGGGACAACAUGACCGGUCAGUCGGUGCGCCUGAUGACGGGCCACAAGGGAUCGGUGAGUUCUCUGGCCUUCUCCGCCUGCGGCCGGUAUCUGGCCUCGGGUUCAGUAGACCACAACAUCAUCAUCUGGGAUCUGUCGAACGGAUCCCUGGUCACCACCCUGCUGAGGCACACUAGCACUGUGACCUCGAUCACCUUUAGUCGCGAUGGAACAGUGCUGGCUGCUGCCGGCUUGGAUAACAAUCUAACUCUGUGGGAUUUCCACAAGGUUACCGAAGACUAUAUCAGCAAUCACAUCACUGUUUCGCACCAUCAGGAUGAGAACGACGAGGACGUCUACCUCAUGCGUACUUUCCCCAGCAAGAAUUCGCCAUUUGUCAGCCUGCACUUUACGCGCCGAAAUCUCCUGAUGUGCGUGGGUCUAUUCAAGAGUUAGGAGCACAGAUAAGCUAAUUUGGUAUACGUAAUGUAAUGUUAAGAAUUUCUCGGAAUGUUUAGGAUUAAUGUUUUAUAUUCCGUUUGUGCCCCACCCCCCUGAAAUGUCUAUUAGUUGUUUAAGCAUAAAAGUGUAAAGUGCAUAUAUGCGCAAGUUAUCAAUAAACUUUAAUUAAUAUAAAAGUCAA